AUGCAGUUGACGCAAGAUGAAAAACAUAGAUUACCCCUUGGUGCUUACAGUCUUGAGAAUCACGCCUAUGUUGACGAAUGUUUUUGUGGAGCUCAUGAACUAGAGUUAGCCGUACGGAAACGUGAUAAAUUGUGCAAUAUCUUACUUUCUGCUGGAAUAGAGUUAGAUAAAUGGUCGGCAAACUGUACUGAACUUCUUCCCCCACAAACAAAGUCUGCGAGUCUUGAAAACGACAGGCAGAUCGCGCGAACCGAAUCCGUCAAAACCUUAGGAUUGCAUUGGAAUCCAAAGAAAGAUGCAUUCGAAUUCAGUUUCACAAAAAUACAUUCCCAGUCCUAUGUCCUUACCAAACGUUCAGUAUUAUCAAUUAUCUCUCAGUUAUUUGAUCCUUUAGGUUGGCUGGCUCCUAUAAUCAUUACGGCUAAAAUUUUGAUGCAAGACUUAUGGAUUUUGAAAUGUGAUCGGGAUUCGCCUUUACCUCCUGAUGUUCUCAGACGUUGGCACGAAUAUAGCAGUGCAAUGUUCGCGGUUUCUAAUAUUACAAUCAACCGUUGGUUAGGUACCUUACCAAGUUCGGGAUGUCAUCUUCAUGGGUUUGCUGACGCUUCAUCUCGUGCUAAUGCAGCCGCUGUUUAUCUCAAAGUCUCGUUAGGGGAUAAAGAAACUCACAUUUCUGUAUUAACUGCUAAAACUAAGGUCAGUCCAGUAAAAACAAUAAGCAUCCCAAAUCUUGAAUUGAAUGCAGCAGCUCUUCUUGUCAAAUUAAUUUGUUAUGUUAGAAAACUGCCAGGUUUUAAUGAUUUUCCGGUUUUUUCUUGGUCUGACAGUCAAGUCGUCCUCUCUUGGUUGCGAAAACAUCCUUGUCACUGGAAAACUUUUGUUGCUAACAGAGUAGCCUUUAUUCAAACUGAGCUGCCCUCAGCUGAAUGGAGACACGUGACGACGAAAGAUAAUCCAGCUGACCUGGCAACCCGUGGUGUUAAACCUACUGAGCUCAGUAGUAAAGAAAUUUGGUGGAAUGGGCCAAAAUGGCUUUCGUUAACUGAUGAAAACUGGCCCCAGCAGCCCGAAACAUCUAGAUCAUUGCACGUAGUGAAUCAAUACAACGAACCAGAAAUUCUUUCACGAUUCUCCAAUUUAUCACGGCUGAUCCGUGUAGUAGCGUACUGCCGACGUUUCUUUGUAACGUUGCGUGACCGUGUGCUUGGAAAGGAAACAAAUACUUCGUUUCUUAUGGCAACUGAACUCAUGCAAGCUCGUCAUGCUAUCAUCCGUUUAGCUCAAACAGCUGCUUUUAGCGCUGAAAUCGAACAUUUGAAGACUAAAGAGUCUUUACCUAAACGCAACCUCCUUCGGAAAAUGAACCCUUUUGUAGGAGAUGAUGGUAUUUUACGAGUAGGAGGUCGUUUGCAUCAUUCUUCGCUGGCACAUGAAAUGAAACACCCUCCCAUUUUACCAUAUCGUUCAGCUCUUAGUCGUCUGUUUAUGCACCAAGCUCACCUUUCGUCUCUUCAUGGUGGACUCAUUUUGACGACAUCCUUUUUACUUCAAAACGUUUGGAUCACGUGA